CCCACCUUGAGCAGCGAGCUGCCUGGCCGACAGAGAACCGCAACUUACAAACGCGAACCCAUAAUUUCGCUGCUUUCCACAACCUUCGCCUCCCCUCUUCACCGUGGUUUGACAAUCCCGUCCCAUACAGAACCACCACCGAUACCAAAAAUAUUUAAGGCGAAUAGCCAAAGACAGGCAAAAUGCAGGCCCCUGUCUUGGUGAUGAACACCCAGAGCGGUGAGAGGCAAACCGGAAGGAAAGCCCAGCUCUCUAACAUCGCCGCCGCCAAAACGGUCGCCGAUAUCAUCCGGUCAUGCCUCGGCCCCAAGGCCAUGCUCAAGAUGCUGCUCGACCCCAUGGGCGGCAUCGUCCUGACGAACGACGGCCACGCCAUCCUCCGCGAGAUCGAGGUGUCGCACCCCGCCGCCAAGAGCAUGAUUGAGUUGAGCCGGACGCAGGACGAGGAGGUGGGCGACGGGACAACAACUGUUAUUAUCCUAGCGGGCGAGAUUCUGGCACAGGCACUCCCCCAGCUCGAGCGCAACAUCCACCCCGUCAUCAUCAUCUCCGCCUUCAAGCGGGCACUCAAGGACGCACUCGAAAUUAUCGAAGAUAUCUCUCUCCCGAUUGACAUCAACGACGACAAGGCCAUGAACCAGCUUAUCUCCUCGUCGAUCGGUACCAAGUACGUGUCGCGGUGGUCGGAGCUCAUGUGCAGCCUGGCGCUCAAGGCGGUGCGCACCGUCACGUGGGAGGUGGGCAACGGCAAGCGCGAGGUCGACAUCAAGCGGUAUGCGCGCGUCGAGAAGGUUCCCGGCGGUGAGAUUGAGGACAGCCGUGUGCUGGAUGGCGUCAUGCUCAACAAGGACAUCACGCACCCCAAGAUGCGCCGCAAGAUCGAGAACCCACGCAUCGUAUUGCUCGACUGCUCGCUCGAGUACAAGAAGGGCGAGUCGCAGACAAAUAUCGAGGUCACCAAGGAAGAGGACUGGAACCGCAUCCUCCAGAUCGAGGAGGAGCAGGUCAAGGCCAUGUGCGAGCACAUCCUCGCGCUGAACCCAGAUCUCGUCAUUACAGAAAAGGGUGUCUCGGAUCUCGCACAACACUACCUCAUGAAGGGUAACGUGACCGCCCUGCGGCGGGUACGCAAGACAGACAACAACCGGAUAGCGCGGGCGACAGGCGCCACCAUCGUCAACCGGGUAGAGGACCUGCAAGAGUCGGACGUGGGCACCGAGUGCGGGCUGUUCGAGAUUGAGAAGAUCGGUGACGAGUACUUCACUUUCCUAACAAAGUGCAAGUCUCCCAAGGCUUGCACGGUUCUCCUCCGCGGGCCGUCCAAGGACGUGCUCAACGAGAUCGAGCGCAACCUGCACGACGCCAUGGGGGUCGCGCGCAACGUCAUGUUCCACCCCCGCCUGUCGCCUGGCGGCGGUGCCACUGAGAUGGCCGUGUCGGUGCGCCUAACUCAGCUGGCCAAGAGCAUCGAGGGCGUCCAGCAGUGGCCGUACAAGGCCGUCGCCGAGGCGCUCGAGGUCAUCCCGCGGACGCUGAUCCAGAACGCGGGCAAGAGCCCCGUCCGGGUGCUGACGGAUCUGCGGGCCAAGCACGCCGAGGGCAAGAGCUCGUGGGGUAUUAACGGCGACACGGGCGUGCUGGUGGAUAUGAAGGACUAUGGUGUGUGGGAGCCCGAGGCGAUCAAGGUGCAGAGCAUGAAGACGGCGAUUGAGUCCGCGUGUCUCUUGUUGAGAGUAGACGAUAUCUGCAGCGCUAAGAAAUUGCAACCUGGCGUCGGCACCGGUGGCGGCGGUAUCGACGAGUAAAGGUUGUAGGGCUGUUGGUGGUAUAAGGCCGGCAUAAUACCCGUUAGAGGAAAAAGGGCCUUGUAGGUAGACAGAAGGCCGAUCAGCCACCUGCUCAAAUCGUGUCCCCCAUCCCUCCUCAGUCAUCGUCGUGAAUAACCAGCCCCGGCCCGUCCGCCGCAACAGGGGCUACCUGUUUUUCUCCCGCAUCCGCGUCCGUCUUCCCAUUUCCAUUCUUCUUGCCCCCAUCCACAACCCCAUCCUUCUUUCCCUCACCCGUCCCUGCCCCAACAGCCCCAGCAGUAUUGCUAUCACCCCCAUCCGCCCCCUUAGAACCACCCUUCCCAUUCCCGCUCCCAUCCACCCCUUUAGCACCACCAUUCUUACCACCACCAUUCUUAUCCCCACCCCCAUUCCCAC